AAGCACGUGGCUGAGGAUUUGGGAUUGGACUUGGGCUGGGGAAGGACUGGGUUGUGGGCCAAGGUACAGGACAGGCUGAGGAGAGGCCACUGCCUUCGAUCAAGCGUGGCUGGGUGGCAGCUCCAAGUCUGCACGAGCUCAGCCACCCCGCCCACCGGAGAUUUCCUGAAUUCCAGCUGCAGCUCUGGUUGCUUCUGUAGGCAAAGGAGCCCUUGUGGCUGGAGGGGCCCCUUGCCGGCCGGGCCAGGGCGGGCGCUUCCUCCCCCCUCGGUACACACACCUCCAUUCAGCAUGGCCCCGCCCCUGGGCUGUCAGGGGGGGCUGCCUGGCCGGUGAGGUUGAUAAGACGGGGGCUGCCGGCCCCCACACCACGCUGGCCACUGCCCGCGCCGCCUUCACCAUGAAGGUCAUCUCUGGCACCAGCCUGGGGUUCUGUGCCCUGCUGCUGCUGCUCCAGGCCCCACGUGGCCAUGGCCUUGUUCCCCAGUCCAGAGGGCACCUCUGUCGGACGCGGCCCACGGACCUGGUGUUUGUUGUGGACAGUUCUCGGAGCGUGCGGCCGGUGGAGUUUGAGAAGGUGAAGGUGUUCCUGUCUCAGGUCAUUGAGUCGCUGGAUGUGGGGCCCAAUGCUACCCAGGUGGGCCUGGUCAACUACGCCAGCUCCGUGAAACAGGAGUUCCCGCUGCGCGCCCACAGCUCCAAGGCCGCGCUGCUUCAGGCCGUGCACCGCAUUCAGCCUCUGUCCACGGGCACCAUGACCGGCCUGGCCCUCCAGUUCGCCAUCACCAGGACCCUCAGCGAUGCCGAGGGUGGUCGCACCAGGUCCCCUGACAUCAGCAAGGUGGUCAUUGUGGUGACGGACGGGAGGCCCCAGGACAGCGUGCAGGAAGUGUCGGCACGGGCGCGGGCCAGCGGCAUCGAGCUGUUCGCCAUCGGUGUGGGCCGCGUGGACAAGGCCACGCUGCGGCAGAUGGCCAGCGAGCCGCAGGAUGAACACGUGGACUACGUGGAGAGCUACAGCGUCAUCGAUAAGCUGUCCAAGAAGUUCCAGGAGGCCUUCUGUGUGGUGUCAGACCUGUGUGCCACGGGGGACCACGACUGUGAGCAGGUGUGCCUCAGCUCCCCGGGCUCCUACACCUGCGCCUGCCACGAGGGCUUCACCCUGAACAGUGACGGCAAAAGCUGCAAUGUCUGCAGUAAUGGCAGUGGCAGCUCGGCCACUGACCUGGUCUUCCUCAUCGAUGGAUCCAAGAGUGUGCGGCCAGAGAAUUUUGAGCUGGUGAAGAAAUUCAUCAACCAGAUCGUGGACACGCUGGACGUGUCGGACAGGCUGGCCCAGGUGGGGCUGGUGCAGUACUCCAGCUCUGUGCGCCAGGAGUUCCCACUGGGCCGCUUCCACACCAAGAAGGACAUCAAGGCGGCUGUGCGGAACAUGUCCUACAUGGAGAAGGGCACCAUGACUGGGGCUGCCCUCAAGUAUCUGAUUGACAACUCCUUCACGGUCUCCAGCGGUGCCAGGCCUGGUGCCCAGAAGGUGGGCAUUGUCUUUACAGAUGGCCGGAGCCAGGACUACAUCAAUGAUGCUGCCAGGAAGGCCAAGGAUCUUGGGUUUAAGAUGUUUGCCGUGGGUGUGGGCAAUGCUGUGGAAGAUGAGCUGCGGGAAAUCGCCUCAGAGCCCGUGACAGAGCACUACUUCUACUCAGCUGAUUUCAAGACCAUCAACCAGAUUGGCAAGAAAUUACAGAGGAAAAUCUGCGUGGAGGAAGACCCGUGUGCCUGUGAGUCCAUCGUGAAAUUCCAGGCCAAAGUGGAAGGUCUGCUGCAGGCUCUGGCCAGGAAACUUGAGGCUGUGAGUAAGCGGUUGGCCAUCUUGGAGAACAGAAUCGUCUAAGGCCAAGCGUGCCUCGGAGUCCUGCAUGUGUCCCCGGAGCCCCGGUUUAGUCUAGCUUUGCCAUUUUAGGGAGGCCUCCCCAGCUUCCGCCCCUGGGCGGCGGGGGCAGGUGGGGGCUGUCUGCAUGUCUUGUCAGAGGCGUGCUGCAUUGGCGGCUGUGUGAGGAGGAAUGCGUGUGCACCAGUGAGAACACAGCGGGGACCGGGAGAAAGACUGUGUUUGCAUUUUUGUCCAACCAGAAGCUUAAUAUAUUCCUAUAUUUUUUUUUUAGUUGAUCCUUUCCUGACUCCAAGUGCUGUGAAUUUCUCUCUGAUUUCUCUGUUCCCUGAUGAAAACCAAUUAAAUGUGAUUUAACUUAA